AUGGCGGCAACUUUCGACUUGUUUAUCGUGAAUGUUGUCUCGACUAACUCUUCGGCCCAUUUGACUUUGACUCGUCACAAUACUUUCGAUCCUGGAAAAGCAAAGACACAAGAAAUUGAAGAUAAUGAAGAGAGGAAUGACUUGUCUCCAAAAGAAUUAGCUAAGCUUCUGAAUCAGCUUUAUGCUUUCGAUUGGCUGAUUCAGAAAGAGAAGCAACUUGAGUCUCUUUUUUCAAUCAGGUCUGUCUUAGAAGGAAAAGAGAUCAAGUACGAUGCUGAAAACCUUCGUAGCAGUCAUGAAUCGCUUAAAAGAAAAAAACGUGUGAUAAAUGCGAUCAUAGCUUAUUGCAUGAAAAAGUUACAGGGCGUGGACAUUUCGAAUUGGGAUGACAGGUUUUCGAGACAAAAGAAGCACUUUUGGGCAUUUGCAGAGGAUGUUCUGUAUGUGAUCCAAGCACAACGUCUGAUUGAUGUGAUUCGAUUUCAGGAAAUCGAUGCACAUAAUCCUUCUAUUCAUGCAUACGAAACACAGCUGAAACAAACAAUUUUCGACUUUUGGCGAAAGAGAAAAGUUAUGACCAAGGCAAAGUUUGCUGACGUUAUUUCGUACACCGAUGAAAAGAAUAGAAGGAUCAUUGCACUUUUGUGGAAAUCUUUCCAAGAGUAUCUAAACAAAAAUUGA